AUUAUAAAAUUUUGGAUGAAAUUAAUUUUGAUAUUUUGGAAGAUGAUAAAAUGAGAAAAAAAUAUUCAAUUAUUUAAAAAGGAGGGUCCUACUUGGUAAAGAACAAAACGAAACUCGGCGUCUUCUACCACUUAAAUAUUAGUAGUUCCAACAACAAAAAAGAAAAAAAAAAGUUUAAUAGUAACACAGAAGAAUGAAUGAAGAAGAACACAAAACUAAAAACUGUUGUAACAUUUCCGUGAUUUUCUCUCCCGUUUCCUGUGUACAUUCUGUUCUUUUUAAAAAGACUUUUUCUCUCUUUCUUGUUUCAUAUGAUCCUUAUAUAGUUCUAUCAAUCUCUUCAAAUUCUAGGCUUAUUUGUCUUCAUUUGUUGUGUCUGGUGGUAUUUCUGGAGCCGUAUCAGCUCCAUUUCUAUAAUCUCUUCUCUCUUCCUCAAACCAGACCCAUUGUUAGAAAGAAAAAAAAGAGAUGACUUGCUUCUCUUGUUUGAAUCCUCGAACCAAGGACAUACGAGUCGACAUUGAUGCCUCUCGACGCAACUCUCGUUGCCCAACAACCGACUCAUCAGUUCUUGGAAGUGAUACAACAGGAACAGAGUCGAUUUCUGGUAUUUUAGUAAACGGAAAGGUGAAUAGUCCGAAAACUGGUGGUGGAGCUAAGAGUUUCACGUUUAAAGAGUUAGCUUCUGCAACAAGAAACUUCCGUGAAGUCAAUCUGCUCGGUGAAGGAGGCUUUGGAAGAGUUUACAAGGGACGUCUAGACUCAGGACAAGUGGUGGCUAUUAAGCAAUUGAAUCCAGAUGGGGUUCAAGGGAACCGAGAAUUCAUAGUUGAAGUUCUUAUGCUUAGCUUACUCCACCACCCGAACCUCGUUACACUCAUCGGUUACUGUACUUCUGGUGAUCAGAGACUUCUUGUCUAUGAGUACAUGACAAUGGGAAGCUUAGAAGAUCACCUCUUUGAUCUUGACUCAAAUCAAGAGCCAUUAGGCUGGAACACAAGAAUAAAAAUCGCGGUUGGUGCAGCUAGGGGAAUAGAGUAUCUUCACUGCACAGCAGACCCGCCAGUGAUUUACCGCGACUUGAAAUCAGCAAACAUAUUGUUAGACAAAGACUUCAUCCCCAAGCUGUCGGAUUUUGGAUUGGCUAAACUCGGUCCUGUAGGAGAUAGAACUCAUGUAUCCACACGAGUCAUGGGAACUUAUGGUUACUGUGCUCCCGAGUACGCAAUGAGCGGGAAACUAACAGUUAAAUCUGAUAUCUACUGCUUCGGUGUUGCCCUUCUUGAGCUGCUUACCGGAAGGAAAGCUAUUGAUCCGAGUCAAACGCAAGGCGAGCAGAAUCUUGUUUCUUGGUCACGUCCAUACCUAAAGGAUCAGAAGAAGUUUGGACAUUUAGUGGAUCCCUCUCUACGAGGCAGAUACCCAAGACGUUGUUUAAACUAUGCUAUUGCCAUAAUUGCAAUGUGUCUGAACGAAGAAGCUCAUUGUCGACCGUUUAUAGGUGACAUAGUUGUUGCACUCGAGUACUUAGCCGCACACAGUGAGUCUCAUGAAGUUAGAAACGUCUCCUUCACGUCACCUGAGGUCACAAGAACGCCACAACCGUACUCGUAGAAACUCAAAAGUCUUGAGAUCUUUAAGAAUUUCACGUACUGUAAAAAUGUUUUUUUUUUCUUUACCACAAAACAAGAAUUCAUAUAUUUUGGUAAAUGUUAUUUUUUUUAAUAGUUUCUUACA